CAAUCAUGAGACUGAAGAGAGACAGACGCACUACGACAAACAUGAGGAGUGCAGCCAAGCCCUGGAGUCCAGUCAUCAAAGCAGGCAGCCAUGGGCCAGACCGGGCGCGGCCCCUCCCUGCAGCUUCUUCGGGCAUGAAGAGUUCUAAAUCUUCCACCUCACUGGCGUUUGAGUCCCGGCUCAGCAAGCUCAAGAGGGCCAGUAGCGAGGACAUGCUCAACAAACCAGGAAGUACCGCCACUUCGGGGGUAGUUCGACUGAAAAAGACUUCCACAGCUGGAGCCAUAUCCGAGCCUGCUGAGAACCGCCUGAGGAGCAACCCAGGGGCUGUGACAACCACCAAACGGACAGGCAUUCCUGCUCCUCGAGAACUGUCAGUAACUGUCUCAAGGGAGAGAACUGUGCCACGUGGUCCCUCCAACCCCAGGAAGUCGGUGUCCAGUCCAACUUCUUCUAGCACACCCACCCCUACUAAGCACCUGAGGACCGUUUCCACAAGACCCAAGCAAGAGAAUGAAGUUGGGGAAAAGGCCGUGCUGGAGUCCCAAGUUCGGGAACUUUUGGCAGAAGCCAAAGCGAAAGAUAGUGAAAUUAACAAGCUUCGAAGUGAACUGAAGAAAUGCAAGGAGAGGAGGACUCCAAGCACCGAAGGAGCUGACAUGUCAGACUCAAAUCUAGAUGGAACGUCUAUCUUGCCAAGUGAUUCAGAACCUUUGGUAAGAGCUCUUGAGGAGAAAAACAAGAAUUUUCAGAAAGAGCUUGCAGAUCUAGAGGAGGAAAACCGGGCCUUGAGGGAGAAACUGACUUAUCUGGAGCAUUCCCCAAAUUCAGAUGGAGGCACAAGCCCCACUGGUGAGAGCAGCUGCCCAACGUCCAUGACUCAGGAAUCCAGCUUUGGAAGUCCACCUGGAAAUCAGUUGUCAGGCGAAAUCGAUGAGUACAGGAGCAACAUACAUGAACACGCGUUAAGACCGUCGGGUUCUUCAAGCAGCGAUGUUACCAAAGCUUCUUUGUCCCCAGAUGCCUCUGAUUUUGAGCACAUCACAGCUGACACCCCCUCCCGACCCCUGUCUUCCACCAGCAACCCCUUUAAGAGCUCCAAGUGUUCCACCACUGGCAGCUCCCCCAACAACGUGAGCGAACUGUCCCUGGCUUCCCUCACAGAGAAGAUACAAAAGAUGGAGGAGAACCACCACAGCACAGCAGAGGAGCUGCAGGCCACUUUGCAAGAACUAUCAGACCAGCAACAAAUGGUGCAGGAACUGACAGCCGAAAAUGAGAAACUGGUAGAUGAGAAGACUCUUUUAGAAACUUCCUUUCAUCAGCAUCGAGAGAGGGCCGAGCAGCUCAGUCAGGAGAAUGAGAAGCUCCUGAAUCUUUUGCAAGAGCGAGUCAAGAAUGAAGAACCCGAUGUCCAAGAAGGGAAAAUCCUUGAACUGGAGCAGAAAUGUGCAGAAAUUCUCGACCAGGGCCGCUUCGAAAGAGAGAAGCUGCUCAACAUCCAGCAGCAGCUGACCUGUAGCUUACGGAAAGUGGAGGAAGAAAACCAAGGAGCUUUAGAAAUGAUCAAACACCUGAAGGAAGAAAACGAAAAACUGAAUGGGUUUCUGGAACUGGAACGGCGAAAUAACGGCGCAAUGGUCAAAACUCUGGAAGAGUGUAAAGCUACGUUGGAGGGGCUGCGGAUUGAAAACGGGUCGUUAAAGGCUCAUUUGGAGAAUGAGAAGCAGAAAGCUAUGGAGACCAGUCCCAUGGCGCAAACGGCAGAAGGUCGUGAAGUUCAAGAAAUGUUAAGAGUCGCUCGAGCUGAGAAAGAUCAGCUGGAACUCUCUUGUGCUGAGCUCAAGCAAGAAUUAGUAAAGGCACAUGCUGAAAUUAAACAUGUUUCGAGCCUCCUGGCCAAGGUAGAAAAGGAUUAUUCUUACCUGAAGGACCUAUGUGAUCAUCAAGCAGAACAGCUGAGCAGAACCAGCCUGAAACUGCAAGAGAAAGCAUCCGAGAGUGACGCGGAGAUUAAAGACAUGAAGGAAACCAUAUUCGAAUUAGAAGAUCAAGUGGAACAGCACCGAGCUGUCAAGUUACAUAAUAACCAGCUCAUCAGUGAGCUGGAAAGCAAUGUGAUGAAGCUGGAGGAACAGAAGUCAGACCUGGAAAGGCAGCUAAAGACUCUGACUAAGCAGAUAAAGGAGGAGACCGAGGAAUGGAGACGGUUCCAGGCAGACCUGCAGACUGCGGUGGUGGUGGCCAAUGACAUCAAGUGUGAGGCUCAGCAGGAGCUGCGCACUGUGAAGAGGAGGCUGCUAGAGGAAGAGGAGAAGAAUGCCCGGCUGCAGAAGGAGCUAGGGGACAUGCAGGGUCACAGCAGACCUGUGAACGAAGAUUCAGAACCUCCCGAGGUUGAUGCUCCCAGCCGGUGGCAUGGCGUCUACAUGAACAGAACAUCUCCAACACCUUCAGAAUCUGCAACCACCGUUAAGUCCCUUAUCAAGUCAUUUGACUUGGGACGUCCAGGUGGAACCGGACAGAAUAUUUCUGUCCAUAAAGGCCCCAGAAGCCCCCUGAGUGGGAUUCCAGUGAGGACUGCUCCCGCUGCUGCUGUCUCCCCGAUGCAGAGGCAUUCAACAUACAACAGUGUUCGGCCAGCCAGCAAAGGUGUGACUCAGCGUUUGGAUCUUCCAGACCUUCCCCUUUCAGAUCUUCUAAAGGGAAGGAGUGAGGACCUGAAACCAGACCCUUAUCUUCGGAAGAGUCCCUCCCUGGAAUCUCUGAGCAGACCCCCUUCUCUGGGCUUCGGGAACACUAGGCUGCUGAGCGCUUCCACUGGGGGCUUGAAACCACAGAGCAAACUCAGUGUGGAAAGGAGAGACCCUCUGGCUGCCUUGGCCCGGGAAUAUGGCGGCUCCAAGCGCAAUGCUCUCCUGAAAUGGUGCCAGAAGAAGACAGAAGGCUAUGCGAACAUUGAUAUCACCAAUUUCAGCAGCAGCUGGAGUGAUGGCUUGGCCUUCUGUGCUCUCCUCCAUACGUACCUGCCUGCCCAUAUCCCAUAUCAGGAGCUGAACAGUCAAGAGAAAAAAAGGAAUCUCUUGUUGGCAUUUGAAGCAGCCGAAAGUGUAGGCAUCAAACCCAGCCUGGAACUCAGUGAGAUGCUGUACACAGACCGGCCUGACUGGCAGAGCGUGAUGCAGUAUGUGGCCCAGAUCUACAAGUACUUUGAGACAUAAGUCUGGAGGUCCCGAGAGCACGCCCCGCUGCCUGCAGCUUGUCCUGGAAGCACCUGGUCACUUUCCACAGGCCCUGCUCCAUCCACCACCCACGAUGCUCAAUCCAGGGGGACCAACACACAAAUGAGAAACGGAGCUGGGUUCCACCUCACACCCGCUUUAAAUCCAGAUGCAUUUGGAGUGUCAUGAGGAAGCGUGCUCUCCCACAGGCCUCGUUCCUUCCAGACCUAAGGGUCCUUGCCCAGGCCCACCCCACAAGAACCCAGUAGGACAUCUCCGGUGACACGGUGCCAUUUCACCCGUGAGCUGCUGAGAUUCACAACAAACACUUCCAAAUCAGUCAUCUUUUCAUGAAAAAUCCAGCCUUUUGCCUUGAUAGAAACUUUCCCCUUCCCACCGCCCACCCUGUCCAAAACAGAAACAGCCAACCAAACACAAAAAGACAUUUUGCUCUCGAGCAGCCUGGAAACACAUGAGCCCUGCCUUUUUUGGGAAAUAUCCUUAUUUUCCAGAUUCCAGUUUGACCCUGGAACCUGAUUGCACUUUUUCGAACUUGCUGUCACUUAUUGGAAUCUUUGGAUGGAAAGGAAGAGGCAUGAGAAUAUAGAGUAGCCCCUGGGUGGUUUGCUGCUGUGUCCCCGUGGGGUGGCCUGCAGAUAGAAGUGUGUGUCUGUGUGCUUGGACGCACUCACACUCAGAGCUCCAGUCGCUCACGGGCCGAGAGAGAGACGUCAGCCACUGUCCCCACCCUUACCCCCGCCUUGUCCUCCCGUUCAUUCCUGGUACCAUUCUUGCCCACACGCGUCUCCCCUGGGUACAGAAUGUUCCUCACAUGCGAAGUGGCCUGUGCCCACCCAGGUCUUCAUGAGUUUGCACACAUAGGCUGCAGAGGGGUAUUUCUUGGGAUACUGGGCAGACAGCAAAUGUGAAUGCUAUUUCAACUCUGGACUUGGUGUUUAGAACCUCAUCAGGCCCCUCACAUUUGCUUGGCAAAAGCAAGCCCUGAGUCUACUAUCCUGCUGUCACCCCUAGUGGCAGCAGAGCCCUUCCCAGAGCAGCCCAGGGUCACCUGGGAAGUGCAGGUGGGCACCUGCUAACUGCCUGCAAUGUGCUCCUGUUGGGCACAUUGAUGCACAUUAAUUACCCAGUGCAUGUGACUCCCACCUGCUGUCAGCUUUGCCUUGCAAAGGGGCCAUCCCUCCUCCUCGAGUGGCCACAGCGGCCUGCUUACGGUUCUCCUUUGGGGCCUGAGAUCAGAAUCUCCCAGGGAGCUAGUUAAAAACACCCCUACCCCCAGUCUGCCCCAUCCGUUGACUUAGAGUAUCUGGAAGGGGACCAGGGAACUACUAUGUGUGUUUUCACAGUUCCCUGACAACCCCUGAGAGGAGAGAACCCCUUCCUCUCACUCCCCAGGGCCGGGCCCUGAGCACAGUUGCUAAAGACGACCCCCUAAGUGGCUCCUUCGUUUUUGCGUGGAGGUGGAGAGGCAAAGUCUGAACAAAUUAAAUUUACCCCUUCCUGAUGAACGUAUCCAAAUGGAAGAUAUCCCAUGUUGCUCCAGGCACCUGCCUUUUGUUGACAUAACUGAUGCAUUUUCAUUAACUCUGAGCGACUGCCUUGGUCUCCGUUGCAGUGGGGAAAGGUAACAUCCCAGGCAGUUGGGGUGAGCUGUUGCCUGUGUGUUUAAUCUGGGAUUACCGCAGGGUUUCUGUGGGAGAAGCAGUUGAGGUUCUUGGGAUACCUGGAGCAGGUGUUCAGCAUUACCAGGGCCCUGUUUUUAGUGAUUAUUGUAAAUGAGUCUGAAGAUCCAGCUCUGGGUGAAACAGCAGCAUCUAUGCAGUGGUGAUGCUUCUCCUUCCCCUUGCCCUACACUGGAGCUUGCUCCCUUCAGGCGAUAGAGAAGGAAAGAAAGGCCGUGGGCGAUUUAUUUUUAUAACUCAAAGAAGCUCCUUGGCUACCAUUUUCUUUACCAGUGGGCAUGCUUCUAGAAGGGGAAGCGUGUGUCCUGCUCGUGGGUGGCAUCAGGGGCAGGUCUAGCCCUGCAGGCCCUGGGAGAGGAACCAGGCCUUACAGCACCUUCAGGACCUGGGUAGGGGGGCUGUCCCGGGCCACCUGGGGCUGGGCUGCAGGAUGGGGUUUUUAGAUCCAUUUUUAGCUGAAGAGCUCAGAGCACAAGGUGAACAUGGGAAUUUAAUUGAGAAAACAAGGUAGGGUCAGCAAACUACAGUCUCCGGUUUCCUGUCCUGAGGCUUUCCGAUGCUGCAGUAGCCACUUUGGUUCUCUCCUGCCUUCAUUUAAAGUCAUUUGGUGAUUCUGUGGAUCCUCUUUCUGUAAAAUGUACUGUUCUUAUGUAAAAGACAGAUGCAAAAGGCAAGACCCUGAAGAGCAGAGGUGGUUUUUAAAGCCGUGAAGAGCUGUCCGUGGCUUUCCUCGCUGUGAGAUCCUGGGCGUGAGCUCUGUGCCAGCCCCCCGUCCCCCCCACCCCACAUUAGCCAUUCUGAGGAACCAGGCAAAUGCCCACUUCUGGUGUCCUAUUCCCUUCUCACUUCAGAAAUGAGGUUAGUCUUUGGUUUUCGUUCUUCAUUCAGCUGUUGUUUCCUAGCUUCGGUUGAGACCGAAGUGUCCCAAAGCAAAGAGCCAUCUGGCGGUGACCAGUAUCUGCGGUGUUUCCAACCCCCCCCAAAAAAACAACACUGGCCGUUCCUCUGAAGCCCCCCAGUCCCACUUCCUUGUCGGGGGAGGGCAGGCAUUUCAGAGCCUGUGGAAGGAGAGGACUCGUGUCUGCAAACCCAUUUGCCAAAUCAGCGGCAGCUCCUCCAUCCCCAAGCUGGAGCGCCAUUCGGCACGAGCCACCGGCGACGUGCGGUCAAGAACAUAGCCUAGCCACGUUUGCAAAAAGUAUUUUUAAUAUUGCAUCUGCCCCGGCUCCCUGGGUAUUUCACUUUUCUGACCCAGGUUAGACCUUGGCUAAGUCUCUAACAUCCUCAGUAGCUCCCUGAUUUUAACUACAUUAGUUGAAUGCACUUGAUACAUCUGUGGCCUCGUUUCUACAAAGGGCACCCCCAGCGCAGAGAGGACGGGACACGCCCACGUGGUGUAUCCAGCUACUAAUGCGGAAGCUGGGAUGUGUGGCUGUGGAAUAUUUCUAAUAAAUCUAUUUUGUUUCGGUCUGAU